AUGAAAGGAGACACUCCACUUCAUGUUGCUGCCAGGGCUAAAAAGAUUGAAGCAAUGAAAGUCAUUCUCUCCAAAUGUAAAGAGAUCAUUCAAUCUGGAUUGAUUGAAUUGAAUGAUAUAGGGAAGUGUAUAACAUCACAGAAUAAUUAUGGGAACACAGCUUUUCACGAAGCUGUUCUGUGUAAGCAUCUCGAAGGAGUUAAUGUCCUUUUAAGUGAUGAACAUACUACUAGUGAUCAGAAGGCUUGUUAUUCGACUUGGAACUCCCACCAUGGUUGUAAAUUAAAUCACCAAGCAUAUGCUGGUGAUGUGGAAGGUUUUCGUAUAAUGUUAACCAAGUCUAAGAUGAUUGCUUUUCAACGAAAUUCAAAGGGCAAUCUUCCAGUUCACUUUUCCAGUAAAAUGGGUCAUGUUCAGGUGGUGGAAAAAUUUCUCGAACUGGACUGGUUUGAUGCUGGACUUUGGCUCAAUAAUAAAGGUCGUAACAUUCUACACAUGGCAGAAAUGAACGGACAAGCCAAGAUGGUCAAUUACUUAUUGGGAAACCCAAGAUCUGCCCCGAAAUUGUGA